GGGUUAAUCCAUCAUCAUCGUUGACGGUUUGACGCUACCUUUCGUCUUCAUUGAUUCUCUGAUUUCCUCCGGUAGCUCGCAGCUCGGAACCCGCCAAUGACGAAGUUCCAGUAAAAUCUCGUUAUUUGUCAUUCUCCAGAAUGCGCUCGAAGGACCGGAUAUCUUACUUCUACGAUGGAGAUGUGGGCAGUGUUUAUUUUGGCCCAAAUCAUCCGAUGAAGCCACAUCGUCUUUGUAUGACACACCAUCUUGUCCUCUCAUAUGAGCUCCACAAGAAGAUGGAAAUAUAUCGGCCUCACAAGGCAUACCCUGUCGAGCUUGCUCAGUUCCAUUCAGAAGAUUACAUUGAGUUCUUGCACCGGAUAACUCCUGAAACUCAACAUCUGUUCACCAAUGAACUGGAAAAAUAUAAUCUUGGAGAUGAUUGCCCAGUUUUUGACAACUUGUUUGAGUUCUGUCAAAUUUAUGCAGGAGGAACAAUAGAUGCUGCACGCAGAUUGAAUAAUCAACUUUGUGACAUUGCCAUAAACUGGGCUGGUGGUCUACACCAUGCAAAGAAGUGUGGAGCAUCUGGUUUUUGUUACAUGAAUGACUUAGUCUUGGGUAUUCUGGAACUUCUUAAAUAUCAUGCACGGGUUCUAUAUAUUGAUAUUGAUGUGCAUCAUGGUGAUGGAGUUGAAGAAGCAUUCUAUUUCACUGACAGGGUGAUGACUGUUAGUUUUCACAAAUAUGGGGACAAAUUCUUUCCUGGAACAGGUGAUGUUAAGGAAAUAGGAGAAAGAGAAGGAAAGUACUAUGCUAUAAAUGUCCCACUGAAGGAUGGAAUAGAUGAUUCAAGCUUCACUCGACUCUUUAAAACAAUUAUUGCCAAGGUUGUUGAAACAUAUCUACCAGGUGUUAUUGUUCUUCAAUGUGGAGCUGAUUCACUUGCUGGAGACCGCUUAGGCUGCUUCAAUCUCUCCAUUGAUGGGCAUUCUGAAUGUGUAAGGUUCGUUAAGAAAUUUAAUUUGCCUUUAUUGGUUACUGGAGGUGGAGGGUACACAAAAGAGAAUGUGGCUCGUUGCUGGGCUGUUGAAACUGGUGCUCUUUUAGAUACAGAGCUUCCUAAUGAAAUACCGGAUAAUGAGUAUAUCAAAUAUUUCGCCCCAGACUAUUCAUUGAAGAUUCCAAAUGGCAACCUAGAAAAUUUAAAUAGCAAAUCUUAUCUUGGCACAAUCAAAAUGCAAGUCUUUGAAAAUCUUCGUUGCAUCCAACAUGCUCCAAGUGUACAAAUGCAAGAGGUUCCACCUGAUUUCUAUAUCCCAGAUUUUGAUGAAGAUGAGCAGAACCCAGAUGAACGAGUGGAUCAGCACACACAAGACAAGCAAAUCCAGCGAGAUGAUGAAUAUUAUGAAGGUGACAAUGACAAUGAUCAAAGCAUGGAUGAUGCAUGAAUUUUUCAUGUAUUAUUUAUUGAUCAGAGAAAUUUAUGAAAAAGAAUCAGAACAGAGAGAAACCCUCUCCCAAAUGCAAGAUGCGCUAGCCAAGUUGCUAUAUCUCCCAAGGAUACAGUUACACACUCUAGUGCAAGAAAAAAAAAAGGUCUUCCCUCCAAAUGCAAUAUGGAUAAUGUUUUCAGUGUUGUAUUUUAGUUUAAUUAUUUCCAUAUUUAUGUAAGGUAGAGUUUGGAUACCCAGGGAGAACAUGAAGCGUGGACCAUAUUCUUGACCACAACGAUCAGGGGAGGAUGAGUCAGGGAUCAACGUAACACUGUCUAAUUAGAUGAUCCUGGUUGAUUGGUCAUCAGUUUCUUGGAUUACGGUA